GGCUGAGCCAAUCAGCGCGCUCGGGGCGUGGCCAAGGAAGCAUCGCUGCCUCAUAUUCACCAUGCUAAGUCCAGUGUAACUAGCCUUCAGAACUCAUGCUUCCACUACGCCGCGUUUCAUUUCACCGGCGUAGCGUCGUGUUUUACACGGACACUAAGAUAUAACAUGGAAACGGCGUCGUGUGUGUGAACCGUGUUCUCCGAGAGGACCCGAUAAGGACAGCUGUCACUGUGAAGCACCCAGAGAGCUAGCUCGGCCGUCACCACAGCACAGCCCACACCGAGUGAAGCCCACGAGCCGGCGUCUCGACGUUUCCCCUCGCCGUCAUGGAGAAGGCUGACUUUUUAAAAGGACUCCCGGUCUACAAUAAGAGUAACUUCAGUAGGUUUCAUGCAGACUCAGUUUGCAAAGCAUCUAAUCGCAGGCCGUCUGUGUAUCUUCCAACACGUGAAUAUCCCUCUGAACAGAUUAUUGUCACAGAGAAAACCAACAUCCUCUUGCGUUACCUUCACCAGCAGUGGGACAAAAAGAAUGCUGCAAAGAAACGAGAACAGGAACAAGGUGAGGGUGACAGCCCAGCACCUCCCAGGAAGAUCGCCAGAACAGAUAGCCAAGAGAUGAAUGAAGACUCAUAAGUGUGUGACUUUCUGAAUGGGCGUGUGUGUGAGUGUUUUGCAUUUACAGGGCAUAGCCAGCUAACAAAUAACACUCCCUCCGGACUUUUAGUCUGGGCUGCAGUUAGACAUCUUUGUCGGCCUGAUUAAGUCAGCUGCAGAGAACAUGGGAAUUUCCCAUUGACAAAAAAACCAUUUAUGGUGUAAAGAUUGUGUGCAUUUUAAAAUGAUGUGAGCAGAGAUGAUUUUAGUCAGGUUUAUCCAGGAACAGGGCUCAACAUUAAUACCAGCCACCCUGCUGGAAUUGUGGGAAACAGACAUGGUUUGUAGUCAUUGUUAUUACUUGUUACCUGGAGCACUGUUCAGAGGAAUCCAUGCAGUUUGGAAUGAAGGAAAAAAAUGUCACUGAUUUUAUGUUGAUAUGCAUGUGAGUAACGGUAUCCAUAUAGCUGUGGAAAAAAUUAAGAGACCACUGCAAAAUGAUUUGACGAGAACUUUCCCGGUCUCAUCUAAUCUCUAGAUGACCAGGUGUUGGACAAAACUGAGAAGUAGUCUCAUCAGAGAAGUUGACCUUUCUCUACUCCCCUGCGGUCCAAUCCUUACACUCUUGUUCAAACCUCAGCCUGGCUCUUAUUUGCUUGUCAUUGGAUUUAUUGGCCUCAUAUUUUAUCCAUAGCUGUAUAUUCAUCUUUUACUGAACUGAUUUUUAGAAAAUAGAAGUAAUUAAAAAAAAUUGUGAGUUCACUACUCUUGUUUUAGAGAUAAAUAAUAAAUUAUUUGUGGCUAGUGAAAAUGUUGAGUUGCUAGAAACUACUUCAGGCUGUAAGGUGACCAUAGUUAUCAUUUCAUCUCGCUCCAACCUUCUGGGACUACGCCAACUAAGGCUCAUAAAAAACAUCUCUUUUCACUCGCCUAAAUGCCAAAAGUUCUCCAAGUGAAAUUCUGCACAACAUCUGUGGUCCUAUCUGCCAGAUGCAGUAUGAGCGUAUUGAGAUUUUGUUGUGGCACGGCCAUCGUGUGAACGUGCUUCGCACCAAUAUGGUUCCCAAACAGCUUUAGAUUGGUUUUCGUCUUCUGUAGUCCAGCUCUCACAGCAAAGGGGCGGAGCAUCAAUCUUGUGUACAGAAAGCAGGAACUGUAUUGGUUCACCAGAAAAAUCUCAUUAUGCUCAGAAUGUAAGAGCGCAGACUUGCAGGCACGAUCACAGGCUUUGCACGGGAUUUCACUUGAUGAGCUCUUGGUGUUUUAGGUUUGUGAAAAGAGAUCUCUAGGAGCUAAAGAUCGUGUGGUCACUGAAGGUCGGAGCAAAAUCUUUUUUUUUUUAAAGCACUUUUCAAGGUUCACCUUACGACGGCCUACUAGCAACAGCGGCUGGUCAGCAAAGAAAAAAAAGAUGUUGAGCCCUGUUCAUGGUGGCUAUUCCCUGUGUGGAUUUGUGCACCUGUGUACAUGCAUGCAGAACAGUGAGUGUGUUUAAUGCUGUAUGUGAGAGGUGAGUGAACCGUUGAAAAAGUCAGUAAAUUUAAGAUGAAAUGGUCUCAGCAGACUAAGUCAGACACUGCUCUUCAAAACAUAUCUAGUACAUGGAUUGUGCAGCCUUCUGUCACCAGGGAAAUGUGUCCUGAUUCAUGUGAACAUUAUAUUACUGUUGUAAUUUUGUUAUGACUAUUGUUGAUGUAUGGCAACGAGCUUCCUGCCAGCCACAGUGCCCACCUUCACUGCCCACUCCGCAGCCACAUGGGGGCAUUGCAACAUUUGUUUUCCACACUGUCUGACUCAACAGAACCACUGUGAUAAACAGCACAAAGUAGAAGCAACUCUUCCAACAACACCCUCCUCCCUCGAUAAAAACAAAUACUCUACUAUAAUGCUCAUAAGAAGAUGUUGGUGUAGUUCAAAGUAUUUAUACAUCAGCUCCACCUCUGGCAAAAAAUGGGAAAUAGUCCAAUUUCCAAAUUAUAGACUAAUUUUUCUGCCAUAAACAAAUCUAAAUUAAGCACAACUGUAAUGCGAUAUCACUGAGCUGAUUUUCCCACUGAUGAAUAGAGUCAGCAAACUUGCUUUCUGGAGCUUUACUUUUUCCCAGUAACCCGGAAGGAUGGUUGUCUAAUAUUUUCCCCACUUGGAAGUUAGGAAGUUUUCCUGCGAUCUUAUGAAUACUCCUUCAUUUGACAGCUUCUCAACAGCACAGAUGGUGUGAUACAUAUUUAUUGUGACGUGUGGAAAGGGGAACAAGAAGAAAUUAUUUUGUGGGUAAAUAAAUACUAGUAAUACUAGUCAGAAAUAGUUUAUUGAAUUCGAGUAUCUUUGUGUCUGCCUUUUUGUUAAAAAAAAAAAAAAAACUAUCAAAAAAAAAUCGUCAUGAAA